AUGGCAGUGUUACAUUAUUAUCCAAGUUGGAAAGUUGAAGAUUUGUAUGAUUCCUGCGCUCAUAGCUGGUGGAAAACUUUAUUGUUCGUCAAUAGUAUCAGCGAUAAUGAUUGUAUACCAUGGACUUGGUAUGUCGGAACAGAUUUCGUAUUUUAUGCACUUUCUCCAAUUUAUCUGUUAUCUUUUGAUAAAUCAUGUAAGUUGGGAUUAAUAAUAUCCAUGGUGACAAUUGUUGCUUCUGCGGUGUUAAAUGUCAUCACAAUGAAACAAUUCAAAUAUCCUCCAACACAGUUCGUAUGGGAAACGCCAAGCAUAUUUAAUCCCGAUUACGUUACGCAUCAACGCAUUAUAUACAUUAAACCACACUAUCGAAUUGGCUCUUAUAUCGUUGGCAUAAUGCUCGGAUAUCACCUAGCAAAUAAUAAGGGGACAUUAUCGCAGGCAAAACUUUGUUGCGGCUGGUUACUAUCUAUUAUACUUGGUCUUAUUAGCUUAUUUGGACUUUAUCCAGCUUUACAGGUUUGUUACUCAACAAGGGAUGGCACUGGUGGUCAUAUCAUUUAUUAUAUGGUGCCUUACAUCGUGUUGCAUGGGCAAUAG